AGCAAUAAGAAAGAAGAAGAAUAUAUAAUCAUGAAGUCAUUGAGCAGAGUUGCUUUCCUCCUCCUCGCCACCGUCGUCUUCCAUCUCUUCUCCUCCGCUUCCAUCGUCGAAGCGCAUGGAGUUGUACUCGAUAACGGAACUGCGGUGGUCACGCCCCUGACCGCGUUCUGCGUGCCGACCGAGCAAGCUUCCGAUGCUGAAUUGCAGAAAGCCAUGGAUUUUGCAUGCGGCAGUGGCAUUGAUUGCGGUCCGAUUCAGCCGGGUGCGGUCUGCGGUGAUCCCCCCACCGUUAGGUCUCGUGCCGCAUUUGCCAUGAAUUCUUACUACCGCUAUCAUGAAGGCAACCCUACAUUUUGUGAUUUUAAUGGCAUUGGUAGAGUAAUCAGCGACAAUCCAAGCUAUGGAAAUUGCAAAUAUAUUUGAAGAAUUGGAAGAGAAAAGAUCGGUUAUGUCUAAAGAAGGAAG